GUAAGCCCACUCCAUUAGGAACCAUGUUAAAUAAUUUCAAAAAAGGUUUUAAUGGAGAUUAUGGGGUUACUAUGACCCUAGGAAAACUUAGGACCUCGUGUGAGAUAGAUUGGCCAGCAUUAGAAGUGAGUUGGCCAUCAGAAGGAAGCCUAGACAGUCCUUUGUUUCAAAGGUAUGGCACAAGGUAACUGGUAAGCCAGAAAACCCAGACCAGUUUCCAUACGUAGACAGUUGGUUACAGCUGGUUUUAGACCCCCCACAGUGGUUAAGAGGACAGGCAGCAGCAGUACUAGUGGCAAAGGGACAGACAGCCAAGGAAGAAUCCCGCUUCACCCACCGAGGGAAGUUGGCUCCUAAAGUCCUGUCCGACCCAACAUCAAAGGAUUCAUGGUAAGAAAGAGCACCAGUGGCCCCUCCUUUCACCAAGAAAGAAGGGCUCCCACUCCUGAGCCCACUGUGCCCAAGCUUCCACAAGGCCUACAUACCCCUAGGCCACCUAGAGUAGAAAAGAAAGGAUGCGAGACCUCAGGAGAAACUCCUCCCUUGGUAGCCCAUUUGAGGCCUAAAACUGGGAUACAAAUGCCCCUGAGAGAGCAACGGUAUACUGGGGUAAACGAGGAUGGGCAUAUGGUGGAAAGGCAUGCCUUUGUGUACCAACCCUUCACCUCUGCCAAUCUCCUCAAUUGGAAAAACAAUACCCCAUCCUAUACUGAAAAGCCUCAAGCUAUAAUUGAUUUGCUCCAAACUAUUAUCCAGACCCACAACCCUACUUGGGCUGAUUGCCACCAGUUGCUCAUGUGCCUCUUUAACACAGAUGAACGGCAAAGGGUGCUCCAAGCAGCAACUAAGUGGCUAGAGGAACAUGUUCCGGCUGAUUACCAAAACCCCCAAGAGUAUGUGAUGGCCCAGUUACCAGGGACAGACCCGCAGUGGGACCCAAAUGAAAAACAGUAUGCAAAGGCUAAACUGGUAGAGGGAAGCCCUCCUGGAAGGGUUAAAGAAAGGAGCUCAGAAGGCCACCAAUAUAAAUAAAAUAUCUGAGGUUAUUCAAGGAAAGGAAGAGAGUCCAGCACAAUUUUACGAGAGACCAUAUGAGGCCUAUCGUAUGUAUACUCCCUUUGAUCCCAACAGCCCUGAAAACAAGCACAUGAUUAACAUGGCUUUAGUUAGUCAAAGUGCAGAAGACAUUAGAAGAAAACUACAUAAACAGGCUGGGUUUGCAGGCAUAAAUAUUUCACAGUUGUUGGAGAUAGCCAACCAGGUGUUUGUGAAUAGAGAUGCGGUAAGCCGCAGAGAGAACUGCAGAGAGAGCGGACACCAAGCCCAGCGAAAUGCCGACCUGCUAGCCGCAGCAAUAGAGGGGUCCCCCCCGAAGGGGUGAGAAAGGGGGGCCCCAGGAAAAAUACCCAGUCUGGCCAUCCACGCUUGCAGCGUAACCAGUGUGAGACUCCGUCUCAAAAAAAAAAAAAAAUAAAGACCCCCCCAUGCUGUGGUAACAUUAAUGAACACCAAAGGACAUAAUUGGCUAAUGAAUGCUAGACUAACUAGUACCAAAGCUUGCUCUAUGAGAAUCCCCGCAUAACCAUUGAAGUUUGCAACACCCUGAACCCCGCCACCUUGCUUCUGGUAUCAGAGAGCCCAGUUGAACAUAACUGUGUAGAGGUGUUGGAGUCAGUUUAUUCUAGCAGGCCCGACCUCCGAGACCAUCCUUGGACAAAAGUAGACUGGGAGCUGUACAUGGACGGGAGCAGCUUCGUCAACCCAUGAGAGGUGUGUGGGAUAUGGUAACCCUGGAUGCUGUCACUGAAGCCAAAUCGUUGCCCCAGGGCACUUCAGUCCACAAAGCCAAACUCUACUUUAAUUCCGGCCUUUAAGACUGUAAACAUUUACACUGACUCUUGGUAUGCCUUUUUAACUCUCCAAGUGCAUGGGGCAUUCUACAGGGAAAAAGGCCUGUUGAACUCUAGGGGAAAAGACAUAAAGUAUCAGCAAGAGAUCCUGCAAUUAUUAGAGGCAGUGUGGAAGCCCCCAAAAGGUGGCUCAUGCACUGCAGAGGACACCAGCGAGCUUCCACCUCGAUUGCCUUGGGGAACUCCCGAGCUGACUCAGAGGCUCGAAAAGCAGCAUCCACCCCCUACCGGGCAUCAGUCACAGCCCCCGUGCUCCCUCACGCACCUGACCUUGUACCUACUUAUUCUAAAGAAGAGAAGGACUUUCUCCAGGCAGAGGGAGGGCAGGUGAUAGAAGAGGGAUGGAUCCAGUUAUUGGACGGAAGAAUAGCUGUGCCACAACUGCUAGGAGCCGCAGUCAUACUGGCUGUGCAUGAGACCACCCACCUAGGCCAAGAGUCACUUGAAAAGUUAUUAGGCCAGUACUUCUACAUCUCGCAUCUUUCAGCCCUUGCCAAAACAGUGGCGCAGCAGUGUGUUACCUUCCGGCAGCACAAUGCUAGGCAAGGUCCAACCAUCCCCGCCAGCAUACAAGCUUAUGGAGCAGCCCCCUUUGAAGAUCUCCAAGUAGACUUCACUGAGAUGCCCAAAUGUGGAGGUUUGGACUGCCCUUACAAAUCAGCUCAGACAACGGGCCGGCAUUUGUGGCUGACUUGUUACAGAAGGCGGCAAAGGUAUUGGGGAUCACAUGGAAACUACAUACCGCCUACCGACCACAGAGUUCCGGAAAGGUGGAGCGGAUGAAUUGCAGUAUCGAAAAUAGUUUAGGGAAAGUGUGUCAAGAAACAGGAUUAAAGUGGGUACAAGCUCUCCCUAUAGUAUUGUUUAAGAUUAUAUGUACCCCUUCUAGAAGAACAGGAUAUUCCCCUUAUGAAAUAUUAUAUCAUAGGCCCCCUCCCAUACUACAGGGACUCCCAGGCACUCCUCGAGAGCUAGGUGAAAUUGCGUUACAGCAACAGCUACAGGCUUUAGGGAAACUUACACAAACAAUUUCAGCCUGAGUAAAUUAGAGGUGCCCCAGCAGCUUAUUCUCCCCAGUUCACCCUUUGUCCCCGGAUGAUCAGGUGUGGAUCAAGGAUUACAACGUAGGCCCCUUGCGGCCACAGUGGAAAGGACCCCAGACCGUCAUCUUGACCACUGC